AUGGCAUCUGGUUGGAUUCCCGACAUGAAUCCCACCGAGCUUUCUGAUGGGACUUUGGUUUGCGGAGCUCAUCAUCAAAUAAUUUGCAUCAUCUGCUGUUGUGACUACAGCUUCAUGCAGGAUCUCCAGGAGGAAGAAGAAAACAAUGACUCUGCUUCUCUCUCUGAUGCUCGUUCAGACGAUGAAGACCCGGAGACACUUGAACACCCUGAAUAUCAAGUAUUUGACCGACAAGACGCAUUCACGAUGUUCACUAGACCGGGAAUGAACGGCUUUAAUGAUGCCCUUGAAUCCAACCUCGACUCCGGUCCGAUGCCUACCAUCACAAAAUUCUGCCCCCCUUUUUCCAGUGAUACUCCCAGCACGCUUUUCCGUCCAGCCCAUCGCUUUAUUAGUCGUACUAAUCCCAGUGAAAUCCUCCUUUACACUGAUGGCUCCUGUCUCUCCAAUGGUCUUGUCAGCCCUCGCGCCGGCUGCGGUUUCGUCAUCUCACCUCACCACAAAAUCAAUUUCAGACUCGAAAAUACUGGCCCAACUGGAGAAGCUCAUCGCCAAACUAGUAACCGUGCCGAAUUGCGUGCUGUGGUAGCCGCUCUCGAAUACCGUGCCUGGCAAGGAGAUAACUUUGGAUCCUGGACGCGCAUUGUCAUCGCUACUGACUCUGAGUAUGUUUUUCUCGGUGCUACCGAAAGAAUCAACGGUUGGGCUCAAAGGGGCUGGCGGACUAGUGCUGGAACGGAAGUCAAGAAUCUGGAUUUGUGGAGGAGACUAGUCUAUUGUAUCAAAAAAGUGAAUACGCCGAUGAACUUUUCAGAAAACGGGCGUGGAGUUGCGGUCGCAUUUUGGAAGAUACUGAGGGAGUUGAAUGCGGAAGCUGACGUUGAGGCGAAGAAAGGAGCCGAAUUGGAGGAGGUGCAGGAAUUUCGGGUGCUGAAUGGGAUAGUGGUCUGA